UUUUCCGUCAAUGUGAAUCAUGUUUUUCGCCUAACUGCAGAAUAAAAGGACGGCCGCUUUAUACCCUAAUGAAUCGAUACUACGAGCUAGCCGCAUGAUUCGAAGGCGGGGUCUGUUGCAUAAAAAACGGUUCCUGAUCCUGACAGACAAACCUCGCUUACUAUAUUUUGAUGAGAACAAGGAAUCACUCGAUGGAUCCGGAGGCCGGUUUCGAUGCGAAAUACCUUGGACUUCGCGACUUCUUCCAGAGUUAAAAGGCAAAUCGGUAUUCUGCAUCAACACGCCCGAAAAAUCAUACACGCUUGAAGAUCCACAAGGUCAUGCGCAAGACUGGGUGAAUACACUGAACACCAUGAUUGUUGACAGCUUUGGUCUGGCUGCUUAAACACUACACCUCAAUUAGCACCAAAAUCACUAUAAUAAUGCGUCUAAAUACAUUCAUAAGGUUUAAUAGAUU